AUGGCUACCCAAAACAAAGAAAGGCGUUAUCCAAUGGAUGCCAACCCAAUAGGACACUGUCUCAUCAUCAACAAUGUUGAGUUCACUGGUGGUAAUCUAGCUGAGAGGGUUGGGAGUGACCAAGAUGCCACUAAACUAGAAGAACUGUUUGGCAAUUUUCUUAAUUUUACGGUAGAAUUGAAGAGGAACGUUACAAGAGAACAGUUUGAAACGACACUACAACACUAUCAAGAGAAGGAUCACUCGGAGUUUUGUACUUUCUUUGUCAUUAUUCUGAGUCAUGGAGAUGAAGGAAACAUUGUUUAUGCAUCCGAUGGCCAAUCAAUCAAACUUGACGACAUUUUUAAACACUUUUCUGCUGGAAACUGUCCCUCACUUGGUGGGAAACCGAAAGUUUUCAUUGUUCAAGCAUGUCGUGGGGAUCAACAUAAUAAUCUGACAUCGCCCGACAGACAAGAUGGCACCUAUCAUGUGAGUCAAGACCCCAAGAUUCCUCAAGGAUAUUGCAUCAUAAUCAACAACAACACUCAGAAGUACAAUGAUGAAAACAUUAAAAAAAUGAGAGAAGUAUUUUCAGAUCAGCUUGGAUUUCAUGUACAAGUAUACAGUUCUCUAACUCGCAAAGGAAUAAAGCACCUUCUGAAGACAGUAGCCACAGUUGAUCACUCUGAGCAAUACUGUUUUGUACUUAUUGUUCUUAGCAAGGGAGAAAGGGAGAAGGUGAUCUAUGGAAGUGAUGGAAAGAAGCUGGGAGUGAAUGAUCUAGUGAUGCUGUUCUCUCGCAAUGCUUGUUCUUCAUUAGAGGAGAAGCCUAAGCUGUUCUUUACUGAGACACAGUUGAAUGAACCAAAUGAUGUGCAACCAGAAUUCACUGAUGUUCCUCACACUUUCAUUGCUAGCUACUUUGGGAGUUUUCCAGUUGAAAGAAAACCCAUACUUACGUUGAUUACGAGUUUGAGUAUUCAAUUUACUAUUCAAGAAUCAUUGGCUGCAUUUGCUAGUGCUAAUGAUCCUACAUUUACCAUGAAAGACGUUUUGGCAAAUCCACUGCAUUUCUGGGAUCUUACACCUAGAGAUACUGAUAAAGAGAAGCAAUGUGAUGCUAAAUUGAGAUUAGCUCUCAGUGUUCUAUCUAAACUGAGAAAAGCAACUGUCGAAAAGCUGGAAAAGGACCAACAGAAAAUCUUUUCUAUAUGUCAAAAUGUCCGUCAGUCAAGAAUUGCUGGAUCUAUUACAUCAUUGGUAGGAGGGGGCUUAGCAGUAAUUGGUAUUGGAUUGAUACCAGUCACUUUUGGAGGUUCAAUAGCAUUAUCUGUUAUAGGAGCUGGUGUAGGAGUAGCUGGUGGGGCAGUUACAAUAGCUUCUACUGUAACUGACAAAAGGGUUUCUGAGCUUAAACUCAAACAAGCCAAAGCUAUACUAAAUGUUGACAUACAGCUAACAGAGCAAGUGAACGAAAUUCUCUUGCAAAGAUUUGUUGACAAAGCAAUAAGAGAUAAUCCUGCUACUAGUAGAGAAGAAGCUGUUGCUGUUGUACUUCAAGGUCGCCAGUUACUGAGAACUAUCGCUGUUACUGCUAAUGCUGUAACUAGUGGAGUACAAGUAGCUCGAUCAGCAAUUCAUGGUGGUGCAUUUGCAUUAAGAGUGACUGGAGCAGCAGCAAGAGGUGUCGCUAUAGUAGGAGGAGUAGUUACUGUCCUCACUGUGCCAUUAGAUCUCGGUGAAUUGAUAUAUAAUUCCGUCAAGCUGUACAAUAGAUCAGAAACUAAGGCUACAACGUGGUUUGAUGGGCAAAUAAUUUUUUUAAACGACACACAAAAAAAAAUAGAAAAUAUGGCCAAUGACAUAGAUGAACAUUCAGCACUAGAAGAGAGAUGCAUUUCACUAGAAGGAGAUCACGAAGUAUAACAUUAUGCACAUAAUGUUAGAAGUAUUAUAUAUACAGUAUUUAGUAGUUUUUGUAGAAGCAUGUAUAUUAGUAUGUUUUAUGGUAAGUUUUAGAUCUAGACUUGUG